AUGGAACAAGAAGAAAUUGAGGCGCUGAAAAAUUGUUGCUCAGAAGAUGGCCAUGGCCAAAUUGCCCAACCUUCUUUUUCAGAGCCUCCUACUACCAAAGAUGUUGAUAUUAAAGACUCCCAAGAAACUUCUGAGUUUGAGGACGCCCUUACUAAGACUCAUGCUCCUGUUUUUUUAAAUGAUGAUGCUUCCAUGAAAGUGAGCUCAAUUAUUAAGGAACAUACUUCAAACGAGGAUAACAUAGGAGUUUCAGAAUCUAAGGGCUCUCCUAGUAUCCCUUCUCCUAUUGCAUCCCAAUCUCCUUCAGUCCCAUUUGAAGGGAACUCUUCUCAAAACAUGGAGGAUUUAAAUUUUGCUUCACUUGUCAAAAGGGAGCUAGAGCAAUUGGUAUCCAAGAAACGUUUGGCUCCAGAGAACUUGUCUUUGCUCACUGAUUUCCUUGUGAAGCAUCCUUCUGUUUGUCUAAGCAAUGCAUGUAGUGAAAGAUGCAAGGGUCAUGCCUAUGAUUGCCUCGCUGAGCUAUUGAAAUUCCUCCAAACCCAUAGUGCGUUCGAUGUGUUGGAAUCAAGUCACUCAGAUCUUGUGCAGUUACUACAAGACAUGCGCAGAUUUCCUUUUGGUAAGGAUUGGUUGGAUGAAGUGGAAAGACGGGUCUUGUAA